AUGAUCAUCUUCCGGCUCAUCUCCAUGGCCUUGCGCUUUGCGCAAUUUGUCUGUGCAGCCGUCGUACUCGCCAUAACAGCUUACCUCCUGUAUCACCAACAGCACAAGGACCAUAGCGGCUCGUACGGCCGCCUCAUUUACAGCGUCAUCGUAGCCAUUGUAUCGAUUAUCGUAUCGCUGAUCUGGCUUCUUCCCACUACUUCGCAUAUUGUGAAUAUAGGUGGCGAUGUUCUCUUCUGCAGCGCAUGGUGCGCUAUGUUUGGCUUAAUGCAAGAUUGGUACACGAAUGCUAUGUCUUGUGGCAGUACCUGGGCUUGGAAUGAGAUGGGUUUGCAGAAUGGAUCAUGCAGCAGAUGGAAUGCUGUGCAGGCUUUUGGUUUCUUGAAUGUGGUGUUUUGGUUUGCGAGUUUGGCCUUGGGAAUGCUGACUUGGAGGAAGACUGGUGGGACACGGCGCGGUGGGGUCUAG